GUGCGGCAGACCUUAAAGCACGCGCAAUCAACCUAGUAAAUACUAUUUAAAGUAUUUUAGAGGUUGUAUUGCAAUAAAAGGACAAUUUAUUAACUUAGUUGUCAGCUUUUGUUAAUCGAAGUUCGAAUUUAUUGAAGUCGAGAUCGACAUUUUUAAAUUCCGCGCGCUAUUUUGGCGGUAUUUAGUUGUGUUGCUAGAGGUGGUGAUUUUAUUGUGACCGGCAGUCUGAGGAAUAAACAAAAAUGUUCCACGGAGGCAUUUUAAGCAAGUUGAAGAACUUCUACAAGUGGUAUGUGCUGGGUUUGGUGUCCGUCGGCUACAUUCUAGGAGAGCUUGGGCAUUAUCUCAUCGGUACCACAUCAAAGGUAACAGCGGAGGAUCUGCACUACGGGGACAAGUCGUGUAUGCUGAAUGCUACACACCUGCAUCUCAACCAGCUACCCGUCGUUUGCGAGAAAGUUAACUCCAGUGAUAUAUGCGAAUCUCUCACGCUCAAUGGUACAAGAUAUUGCGAGUGGGGCUACAAUGGCCUCGGGAUCGACUACCAAGUUCUCGCCGGGCCCGCAUACAUGGCAGUGUUUACCGUCGUCGGGGUUAUUUUGGGCGUAGCUGCUGAUAAAUACAACAGAGCUCGAAUUCUCAGCAUAUGCACAGCGGUUUUCGUAGUGGCGAUCCUUUUGAUGGGGACUGUGACAGAGUACUGGCAUCUAGUGCUACUCCGAAUGGUGAUGGCUGCAGGCGAGUCCGGGUGCAAUCCGCUAGCGACUGGAAUCCUUACAGACCUGUUCCCGGAACACCAGAGAGCGUUGGUGCUGUCUAUCUUCAACUGGGGCAUUUAUGGAGGAUAUGGUAUCGCUUUUCCAGUGGGGCGGUAUAUCCCAGAGUUGAAUGCUUGGGGACUGAGCUGGCGUCUGUGCUACUAUGCAACCGGUGUAGUCGGGAUCCUUAUCGCCAUACUGACAUUCCUGACUCUUCGCGAACCAGCCAGAACUACUAUUGGAGAAGAAGAUGCUGGUAACACCAAAGGAGGAGAUUCAACCGUAGAAUCUGGCAAGAAGAUGCCUCAGGUGACCAUCUGGCAUGUCAUCGCUCAGCCCAGGAUUCUUCUGUUAUGCAUUGCUGCAUCAAUUAGACAUUGUGGUGGCAUGUGCUUCGCGUACAACGCCGACUUGUACUACCGCGACUACUUCCCCGACGUCGACCUCGGCUGGUGGCUGUUCGCUGUCACCGUCGGCAUCGGCUCCGUAGGCGUGGUGGUCGGAGGUGUUAUCUCAGACAAAAUCGUGUCCAAGAUGGGUGUCAGGUCAAGAGUGCUGGUUCUGGCGUUAUCACAGCUGAUUGCCACUCUACCGGCCUUUGGUUCAGUCGCCUUUGGACCGCUGUGGGCCAUGAUAACACUCGCUUUUUCAUACUUCUUCGCGGAGAUGUGGUUCGGAAUAGUAUUCGCUAUCCUGGUAGAAAUAGUGCCACUGGCUGUCCGUUCCACCACCGUGGGGGUGUUCCUCUUCGUCAUGAACAACAUCGGCGGAAACCUGCCCAUCCUGGUGGACCCGGUCUCCAAGGCUAUCGGCUACAGAGAAUCCAUCAUGAUCUUCUACGCUGGCUUUUAUGGAAUCAGUAGCAUCAUAUUCUUCCUCACAAUGUUCCUUAUGGACGGUCAAGUAGAGAAGCAACCAGAAACAACCGACAAGCCCAGCGGUCUAGACAACCGCGCGUUCACACAAGACGAGAUCCCCGUACGGAGCGGAAGGGUCAAUGAUGACAGCAGACUGUAGUUAAAUAUUAACGAAGUGUAGAUGGACCAAAAUGAAAAAAGCUUCGAGCUUUCAUGUCAAAGGAGACGUGGAACAAUUUCGGAUAUUUGAAAUGGCUUUUAUAGGGUAGACUUGCGUAAAAUCUUGACGAGUAUGUAAAAUGUAUGCCCUUUAUAAUAGUACAAAAAGUGUAAUACGCCAUUAUAAUAUUCGUACUUUAAAAUUAAGUUGAAUCUCCCGUGUUCUUAUUCGUGACAAAAUAUUAAUUAGAUACAUAAUUAGAAUAAGACUUCAAGUAGACGAUCCGGUGCCACAACCGCACCAUAACCGGACCACAAUAGUGUAUUCUACAAACUGACAGCAAAACUAACAAACAGACAGACAAAAAAACAAGUUAGUUUUACAUUGUCCUAGUUCCAACCUGUUUACAAGCCUCUUGCUCAUCAGGAAGUUUGGUAAAAUCGAUUGUCAAAUUCGUAUCGAACAGCCGAACAAACAAACAGACACGAAACAUGUCGGUAAGUACCGCACAGAUGCGACGCGACGACGCCGCGGGCAGACCUUCUUUUCGUACUUUUUCAUUCAUAAUUUUCGGUGCGGCUCUAUGUAAUAGAAGCCUUUUAUACUUCCUACUUGAAUUUUAAUUUUUAAUGAGCACUUUUAUGACCAUAUAGUUGAUUGCGAAUUCCUAUACACAAAAUCAAUGAUAUAAUGUAUGAAUAACGAUAAGUUGUACUUAAUAUUAUGUAUAAAAGCUUUAAAUCACACUCAAAUCAUUCGCAGCCAAACAAACAGAAUGCUGCAGGAAAACCGCGCGGUGAAAAUUCGCAGUGCGGGCUUGCUCUUAUGUACCUACCCUACUAUUAUUAUAUAUUCUGUGCUCUUGUCUUAGUCUUACUGACAGAUAAAGUAGGGAAAUAAAAAAAUUAUAUACGAAGUAGUUCCUGAUUUGUUUAAGUUUUUUUUUUGUUGAGUUGAAUGUAGAUUAAAUAUAAAAGCGGUUUUAUUAUUUUAAUACUAAAUAUACCUACUUUCAGUUUAUUCACGAACCAAUUUUCAAAUUUCUCAUAAAUACUCCUAUAAAUACAAUUAAAUUAAAUUCGAUCCCCUAUAGUCCUAUACCAACCUCUAAUUUUCUAACAUGUAUAUUUGUCACUUACUAACAAAUAUUUUUUCUUGCCACUAAUUUUAUUUCUGUACUUAAAUACUUUUUAAUAUUUUUUGGGCUCCAUACCUC